AUGGAUCGACUUAAUCGCAUGCUUCAGGCUGCUCAGGGUAUGGGCAUGGGGAGUGCAGCUCCUGGUAGUGUGAGUUUUCCCUUUGACCGCUAUCUCUACAGGCUUAUUGUGAUCUAUUUCUGCGUUGCUUGGGAUACCCCCAACCUGAUCGAUAACUCCGAGACAGUACACAUCUCAUCGUUAGCUUUGCUCAAGAUGUUGAGGCAUGGUCGGGCAGGUGUGCCGAUGGAAGUCAUGGGCCUGAUGCUGGGAGAGUUUGUGGACGAAUAUACAGUUAGAGUCGUUGAUGUUUUUGCGAUGCCCCAGAGUGGUACUGGUGUUAGUGUCGAGGCUGUGGAUCCUGUCUUCCAAACUAAUAUGAUGGAAAUGCUCCGGCAAACGGGACGACCAGAAACCGUUGUUGGCUGGUACCACUCCCACCCGGGUUUUGGCUGCUGGCUCUCGUCCGUCGAUAUCAACACCCAGCAGUCCUUCGAACAGCUGACACCCCGUGCCGUUGCUGUCGUUGUUGAUCCGAUUCAAUCCGUCAAGGGCAAGGUCGUUAUCGAUGCUUUCCGUCUCAUUCAGCCCCAGACCGUUGUCAUGGGCCAGGAACCCCGGCAAACAACUUCCAACCUGGGUCAUCUGAACAAGCCCUCGAUCCAGGCUCUUAUUCAUGGAUUGAACAGACACUACUACAGCAUUGCCAUCAACUACCGCAAGACUGGACUGGAAGAGAAUAUGUUGAUGAACCUACACAAGCACGUUUGGACCGAAGCAUUGCAGAUGAAGGAUUUCCACGAGGAAGGUCAGCACAAUGUCGACCGGUUGAAGCAGCUCGUCAGCCUCGCUGAGGGCUACGAGAAGCGAGUCAAGGAGGAGACGGAGCUUACAAAGGAACAACUCAAAACGAGAUACGUCGGAAAGGUCGACCCCAAGAAACACAUUGAAGAUGUCAGCCAGGAUUUGAUCGAGGACAACAUCGUUGCAGUAUCGCGGCAGAUGAUUGACAAGGAGGCGUCGGUAGCUCGACUGUCGAACGGGAAGGACUCUCAAAACGGCGCCGGCAUGGAUGUAGAUGGAGAUCUAUAA